AUGAAGAGGAACAAUUUGAUGAAAGGUAAUUACACUUACACUUCAUCUACCAACAAGAGUCCAACAAAGGAGUCGUCCACCUAUGUUCUCAACUGCUAUAACAAGAACACCAUGGCCAAAGAAUUCAUUUGGGACUGCAACAACUCUCACAGUAAUGGUGAAUAUCAUGAUCAGGACUACAUGAAUGGCUUCCCAUGGCCACCAAGAUCAUACACAUGUAGCUUCUGUAGAAAGGAGUUCAAGUCUGCUCAGGCACUUGGUGGACACAUGAAUGUUCAUAGGAGGGAUAGAGCAAGGUUGAGACAGUCACCUCCAACUGAAGGUGGUCAAAGCCAUGUGCUGAACCUUAACCUUGAGCCUAACGCUAACCCUAACAACUCAACCUCAUCUUUGUCUUUACCAACAUCAUCUUCUCCACCUCUUAAGCCUGUCAGUUGCACAUUGCCCUUGUUUGUUUCUGCUACUCCUCCUCCAUUUUCUCCACCUUCUGCUUCACAUUCUUCUGAGUUGAAGAGAUGGGUUGUUGUGGAUGGUAUCCUAUUGAACCCUUUGAGCACAAAGAAUCCAGAGCCCACAAAGUCAAAGAUUGCAGAAUCUUUAUCAGCUGGGAUUGGAGAAUAUGAUCAUGCUUUUGGAAGAGAAGAUGGGUGUAAAAUGUUGAAGAAGGGUGAGAUUCUCAGGAUGGAUUUGGAGAUAGGUUUGCCGAAAAGCUAUGAUUUAGAUCUGGAGCUUCGUUUGGGUACUUACUCUUAG